AUUCGAUGCGACAGAGCAAUCACAAGCCCGCCAGUCUCGGUUGUUGAUUUAUUACGACGUGAGGUUGCUGACAAGAAAAAGUAAAAAAGUGCAUCAAUAUUCCGCCAAAAACUAAAUACCGGCAUGGACGAGAACACAAGGCUGAGCGAUGAGUUUAUUGAAAAUACGGAGGAACUAUCGCCACCUGAAAGUAAACGAGUACGCUUAGACGAUGGCUGUAAUAAUAAUUUAAAUGAAAUAACUGAGACGUCGAAAAGCAACACCACCCAUUGGUCAUGUUCGGGUGAUACAAGUUUUGUCGAACCGGAAAUUUUAGAAGACAUGGGUGUCAGUAUGUUGGAGGACGAGGAGAGCUGUGAGAAUGAUUUAAAAAAACCACGAUUACAGGAACCUUCUCCAACUCAAUCACAAAUCAAAAAUGUCUGCAUCAGUCAAGACUCAGGAGUAUAUAGACAUUCUAGUUUUGAAACUGUUGUGCCGGACAAAUAUGACAGGCUGGAGGACUUAAUAGAUUUCACAUCGACGGAAAAUGAAUCCGAAUAUGGUUCGAGAGCAGAAUUGGAAGCAUUUGCCGAUGCUAAGAACAGUUUCACAAAAGACGAAUUGAAUACAACAUCCGAAAAAAGUAAUAGUUUAGAUUUAGAAUUCGGUUUACGGAGGAGAAAAAAACCUUCAAUCGUCGGCGAGGAUAAAUUUAAUAAAUUGUCGGAUGAAAUGAUCUUGAUGAUCUUAAAAUGGCUUCCAAAGAAAUGUUUGGUGCGUUCCAUGUUGGUGUGUAAAAGAUGGUGUCAAAUAGCGAUAGACGAAGCGCUGUGGACCCGUUUAGAUUUGGGUAGUAAAGUAUUGAGUGAUGGAAACUUAGGUCAUAUAAUUCCCCGAGGAGUUCAAAUCUUGAGGCUAGCGCAGGCAGAAAUUGCUUCGCCAGUCUUUCAUUUGAAUAGCGAAGCAGCCGCUACUCAUUACUCUAGUAAAUUACAAUAUUUAGAUCUCUCAAUGGCAGUAAUUGCUCCUUGGGACUUGGCAAUUUUACUCGCGAAAUGUAAAUAUUUAAAAAAAUUGUCACUCGAAAAGUGUGUAUUGGAUGGAUCGUGUUGUGUUGCUAUUGGUGAAAAUGUAAAUUUAGAAGUAUUAAAUUUAACCAUGUGCGAAGGAAUGGACGUCGAAUGCAUCCGUAAUUUAAUGAAAUUAAAAAGGUUGACUGCUCUUAAUAUGUCUUGGUGUUGCCUUGACAAUGAAUGUAUGACAUUAGUUUGCAAAUCAUUACCUUCAACUGUAACCCGGUUAAAUAUUGCUGGUUGUCGGAAAACUCUCUUCGAUGAUAACGUGAAGGAUUUACAGAAAAAUUGUCCCGAUCUCGUGGAAUUGGAUUUGAGUGAUUGCACAUUGUUAACAAUAAACACAGUCCACAGUCUUCUGAAAUUUACGCACCUGGAGCAUUUGUCGUUGAGUCGCUGCUACAGUAUUCCAACCUCGAUGUAUAUUAGAUUAGCAUACAUGCCGUCUCUGAUGUAUUUGGAUUUGUUUGGUCUAAUGACCGAGCCAAUGCUACAAUCGUUUCAGGCUAAUUGCGACGAAACUGAAAUCAACAAGUUCCUAUAUAGUUCGGUUGCCAGGCCAACAGUUGGAGUGAGGAGAACAAGCAUUUGGGGUCUGCGAGUCAGAGAUUAAUUAACAUAAUGUGAAAAACGUUAAAAAAAAUUAAUUAUAAAUAAAACAAAAAAAUUUUUUAUACAGACUGAAAAUUCGAAGAAUAAUUUAACAUUUUUACAUUCAUAUAUUUUAAAUAUAGUUUAAGUGAAUCUUUUUUUCAAAUAUUCAUUGAAUUUUCACGUUCCUUUUUUUUUGAAUUGUUAUAGUUUUGUUAAAUUUUUUUCAUUUCAAAUACUUAAAGGUAUAAAAAAAACAA